UAUAUUCCUCGGGAGGCCCGUCGCGGUCCCUUCGGCUCCAAGCGGACCCCGAGGAGGGCAGUGUCGUCUGGGCGGCGCUGCGGAGACCUCCACCCAGGACAGCUCCCCCUCCCCGGGCCUGUGCCCUCUUGCCCGCGAGUCCCCGCUCCUCUAGGACUUCUCGGAUCUGAUAUCGUGGGCGGAGGUGCGAGCAGGCCCGGGGAGGGAAGAUUCCAGCGAAGGAGCCGCAUUCGCGAUCAAGAUGAUAGAGGUCCUCACAACAACUGACUCUCAGAAACUGCUACACCAGCUGAAUGCCCUGUUGGAACAGGAGCCGAAAUGCCAGCCAAAGGUCUGCGGCUUGAGACUCAUUGAAUCUGCUUACGAUAAAGGCCUCAGGAUGACUGCGAGACUGAGGGACUUUGAAGUGAAGGAUCUCCUUAGUCUAACUCAGUUCUUUGGCUUCGACACAGAGACAUUUUCUCUGGCUGUGAAUCUACUGGACAGAUUCCUGUCCAAAAUGAAGGUUCAGCCCAAGCACCUUGGGUGUGUUGGACUAAGCUGCUUCUACCUGGCUGUAAAAUCAAUAGAAGAGGAAAGGAAUGUCCCAUUGGCAAGUGACUUGAUCCGAAUAAGCCAGUAUAGGUUCACCGUUUCAGACCUGAUGAGAAUGGAGAAGAUUGUAUUGGAGAAAGUGUGUUGGAAAGUCAAAGCUACUACUGCCUUUCAAUUUCUGCAACUCUAUUACUCACUCAUUCAAGAGAACUCGCCAUUUGAAAGGAGGAAUAGCCUUAAUUUUGAAAGAUUAGAAGCUCAACUGAAGGCAUGCCACUGCAGGAUCCUAUUUUCUAAAGCAAGGCCUUCUGUGUUGGCAUUGUCUAUCAUUGCAUUGGAGAUCCAAGCACAGAAGUGUGUAGAGUUAACCGAAGUCGUAGAAUGUCUUCAGAAACAUUCCAAGAUAAAUGGCAGAGAUUUGACCUUCUGGCAAGAGCUCGUAUCCAAGUGUUUAACUGAAUAUUCAUCAAACAAGUGCUCCAAACCAAAUGUUCAGAAGCUGAAAUGGAUUGUUUCUGGGCGGACUGCACGGCAAUUGAAGCAUAGUUACUACAGAAUAACCCACCUUCCAACAAUUCCUGAAACGGUUCCUUAAUUGGAUUAUUACAGCAACAAAAACUUCUCUGAAGCCUUUUGCCACAAUCCUGAAGGAUGGAUUCCAUAAUGUUAUAGUGGAUUUAAGCUGUGAAUCCUCAAAACA